CGGCGGACGGACGGAGAGAUGAAGAUGGCGCAGCACCGGCGCUGAAGAGGCUCCCCGUUCACCGCGUAAAAUCACGGAAAACCGUAUCGAGUACGCGUAAAAGAGCGCCGCGCGCGCACGUGACUCGAGAAACGCUCAAGGUUAGCUUGUCCUCGCGCUGUUUUGUCGGUUUCCGGCGGCAAAUCACGACUGACCGAGUCAAUGAAAUAAAUAAUCGACCGUCUCCAUCCUCAGAUGCUGCUGCGCCGCCGCAUCCAUAACGGGAGAUCCAGACGCGCACGGAUGGGAAACCUGAGCUGACGCGUGAAGCGUGUCGAUUGUUUGAGGAAACACACGGCUGUGAGAUAAACACGUCUGCUUCAACUUUAAUGUGUCAUCGUACAUGACAUUUAACCGAAACUCUUCUAAUAUCUUGGUUAUUUUACCGGGAUCAUGUGGACACCGACCGAGGACGAGAAAAUCGGAGUGGUGGUCUGUAGUUUCCGUGGAUCAGUGUCACAUGGUCUGACUCUAGAGCUUGGAGAAACGGUUCAUAUCCUGGAAAAGUGUGAAGGAUGGUACCGAGGAUUUUCCACCAAGAAACCCACAAUCAAGGGGAUCUUCCCAGCCGGCUACGUCCACUUGAAGAAGGCUGUCGUCACAAACAGGGGGCAAUAUGAGACUGUGGUCCCGCUGGAGGACCCCAUCAUUACAGAGGUCACCUCUACGCUGCAGGAGUGGUCCGUCCUGUGGAAGCAGCUGUAUGUGAAGCAUAAAGUCGACCUCUUUUACAAACUCCGUCACGUGAUGAGUGAGUUGAUUGAUCUGAGGCGACAACUGCUUUCUGGCCACCUGACCCAGGAUCAAGUCCGUGAAGUCAAACGCCACAUCACUGUACGACUGGACUGGGGCAAUGAACACUUAGGCUUAGAUCUGGUACCCAGGAAAGAGUUUGAAAUGGUCGAUGCGGACCAGAUCAGCGUUUCUGAUCUCUAUAAAAUGCACCUAUCCAGCAGACACAGCGUCCAGCAAAGCACAUCCCAGGAUGGCGGAAGACAAAGACACGGGGAUUCGUGUCGAAUGCCUGUGCCACACCAUCUCUUUGUCAACCUAAAGAGCUUCACAUACAACACCAUCGGCGAGGACACAGACAUCUUCUUCUCUUUGUAUGACCUGAGAGAAGGCAAGCAAAUCAGUGAGAAGUUUAUGGUGAAACUCAACAAAAAUGGUGGCCCAAAAAACCCAGAGAAGGUCGAUCGUCUCUGCGCCCUCUUUACGGACUUAAGCAACAAGGACAUGAAGAGAGAUCUGUACAUUGUGUCCCAGGUCAUCAGGACGGGGCGGAUGUUGUUAAACGACUCGAAGAAAGGCCCCCCUCAGGUCCAGUACCGCCGGCCGUACGGAUGCGCAGUGCUGGCCAUGAGCGAUGUCCUUCAGACCAUCUCUGAACUCAAAGAGGAGAAAGACUUUGUGCUCAAAGUUUACACGUGUAAUAAUGAAAAUGAGUGGUACCAGAUUCAUGAGAACAUUAUCCGCAAGUCCAGCACCAAAUACACCGCCCCCAGCACUAACUAUGGUCUAAUCAUCUCACUGCAGCUGUUGAGGGGCGAUAUGGAGCAAGUGCGCAGGGAAAACCCCAUCAUAUUCAACCGCGGCGUGGCCAUCACACGCAAACUGGGCUUCCCUGAUGUGAUCAUGCCAGGCGACAUACGCAACGACCUCUACCUCACGCUGGAGAGAGGAGACUUUGAGAGAGGAGGCAAGAGCGUUCAGAAGAACAUCGAGGUCACCAUGUAUGUGCUCUACGCUGACGGCGAGAUCCUCAAAGAGUGCAUUAGUCUGGGCUCAGGAGAGCACAACAUCAGCGAGUACCGCUCUUUCGUCCUCUACCACAACAACAGUCCGCGCUGGAGUGAGGUCAUCAAACUGCCCAUCCCCAUCGAGCGCUUCCGCGGCUCCCAUCUGCGCUUUGAGUUCAGACACUGCUCAACAAAGGACAAAGGAGAAAAGAAGCUUUUUGGCUUUGCUUUCACUCCACUCAUGAGGGAAGACGGCACCACACUGUCAGACGAGAGCCAUGAGCUUUACAUCUACAAGUGUGAUGAAAACACCACCUUCAGUAACCACGCGCUGUACCUGGGGCUGCCCUGCUGUAAAGACGACUUCAACGGCUGCCCGAACAUCCCGUCCAGCCUCAUCUUCCAGCGCAGCACUAAGGAAACCCUCUGGAUAGCCACUCAGCUCUCUUCCACCAAACUGACUCAGAAUGUCGAUCUGCUAGCUUUGUUGAAGUGGAAAGCACAUCCAGACCGUGUAAUGGACAUUUUAGGGCGAUUGCGGCACGUCUGUGGGGAAGAAAUAGUCAAAUUUCUUCAAGACAUCCUUGACACACUGUUCUCCAUUCUGGAUGACAACACAGACAAAUAUGGACCCCUGGUGUUUCAGUCACUGGUGUUCAUCAUCAAUCUGCUCCGGGACAGUAAGUUUUAUCACUUCCGGCCUGUGAUGGAUACCUAUAUCCAGAAGCAUUUUGCUGGAGCACUGGCUUAUAAAGAGUUGAUUCGCUGUCUGAAGUGGUAUAUGGACCGAUCAGCAGAAGUUGUUAGACAGGACCACAUCCAGGAAGCCAUGAGGGCUCUAGAGUACCUGUUUAAAUUCAUCAUCCAGUCACGGAUCCUCUACUCCCGGGCCACCUGUGGGAUGGAGGAGGACCAAUUUCGGGCCAGUAUCCAGGAGCUUUUCCAAUCCAUCCGUUUCGUGCUCAGUCUGGACAGCCGCAGCUCUGAGACACUCAUUUUUACCCAGGCUGCCCUACUCAACUCUUUCCCAGCAAUUUUUGACGAGCUCCUCCAGAUGUUCACAGUACAGGAAGUGGCAGAGUUUGUGAGAGGAACUCUGGGUAGCAUGCCUAGUACGGUCCACAUCGGUCAGUCCAUGGAUGUGGUUAAGCUGCAGUCCAUUGCUCGGACAGUGGAUAGCAGGCUUUUCUCCUUUCCAGAAUCAAGGAGAAUUCUCCUUCCUGUUGUUCUCCAUCACAUUCAUCUGCAUCUGCGGCAACAGAAGGAGCUUCUGAUCUGCUCGGGAAUCCUGAGCAGCAUUUUCUCCAUUAUUAAAAGCAGCUCACUGGAGAGCUCUGUACAGGAGGAGGUAGAGAUGAUGGUGGAGAGUUUGUUGGAUGUGUUGUUACAGACGCUGUUGGCCAUCAUGAGUAAAUCUCAGUCUCAGGAGGCGGUAAGAGGGCAGCGCUGUCCACAGUGCACGGCUGAGAUCACUGGGGAGUAUGUGUCCUGCUUGUUGUCCCUCCUGCGUCAGAUGUCGGACAUUCAUUUUCAACACCUACUGGACAACUUCCAAAGCAAAGAGGAGCUGAAGGAGUUCUUGCUGAAGAUAUUCUGUGUAUUCAGAAACCUGAUGAAACUCAGUAUAUUCCCACGUGACUGGAACGUCAUGCGACUGCUGACCAGCAAUAUCAUUGUGAGCACAACUCAGUAUCUGUCGCCUGCUCUUCAUAAAAGCUUUACAGAUGCUGACUUUGAUUUUAAGGUGUGGAAUUCGUACUUCAGUCUGGCAGUGUUGUUUAUCAACCAGCCCAGUCUACAGCUGGAGACUCUGACACCAGCCAAGCGGAAGAAGGUCUUUGACAAGUAUGGUGAUAUGAGGGUCAUGAUGGCUUAUGAGCUGUUUAGCAUGUGGCAGAAUUUGGGUGAGAAUAAGAUCCACUUCAUACCAGGAAUGAUUGGCCCAUUUUUGGGUGUGACGCUUGUACCGCAAAAUGAAGUCCGAAACAUAAUGAUCCCCAUCUUCCACGAUAUGAUGGACUGGGAACAGAGAAAGAACGGCAACUUCAAACAGGUCGAGGCAGAACUGAUAGACAAACUGGACAGUCUGGUGUCUGAAGGCAAAGGAGACGAGAAUUACAGAGAACUCUUCAGUUUGCUAACUCAACUGUUUGGGCCGUACCCCAGUCUGCUGGAGAAGAUCGAGCAGGAGACCUGGAGGGAGACGGGCGUCUCUUUCGUCACAUCUGUCACACGCCUCAUGGAGAGACUGCUGGACUACAGAGAUUGCAUGAAAGGUGAUGAGACAGAAAACAAGAAGAUCGGUUGCACUGUUAACCUGCUGAAUUUCUACAAGUCGGAGAUUAAUAAGGAGGAGAUGUACAUCAGAUACAUUCACAAGCUGUGCGACAUGCACCUGCAGGCCGAAAACUACACAGAGGCGGCGUUUACCCUCCUGCUGUACUGGGAGCUGCUCCACUGGGAGGAAAGGCCCCUCCGGGAGUUCCUGCACUAUCCUGCGCAGAGCGAAUGGCAUCGCAAAGAGGGUCUCUGUCGUAAGGUCAUCCACUACUUCAACAAGGGAAAGUGUUGGGAGUACGGCAUCCCGCUGUGCCGUGAACUAGCCUUCCAGUACGAGUCCCUGUACGAUUAUCAGAGUCUCAGCUGGAUACGGAAAAUGGAGGCAGCAUAUUAUGACAACAUCAUGGAGCAGCAGCGACUAGAGCCGGAGUUCUUCAGGGUGGGAUUUUAUGGCCGGAAGUUUCCGUUCUUCCUCAGGAAUAAGGAGUUUGUCUGUCGAGGGCAUGACUACGAGAGACUCGAAGCCUUUCAGCAAAGAAUGCUGGGAGAAUUUCCACAAGCUAUCGCCAUGCAGCACCCAAAUCAACCAGAUGAGGGGAUUUUACAGGGUGAUGCCCAGUACCUCCAGAUCUACGCUGUGACUCCAGUUUCAGAAAACAGCGAUGUGCUGCAGAUGGACCGCGUGCCAGACCGCAUCAAGAGCUUCUACAGAGUCAAUAAUGUCCGGCGCUUCCGUUACGACCGGCCCUUCCACAAGGGCCCGAAAGACAAGGACAAUGAAUUUAAGAGUCUCUGGAUCGAGCGGACAACACUCAUCCUCACCCACCCUCUGCCUGGCAUCUCCCGCUGGUUUGAGGUGGAUAAGCGUGAGCUGGUUGAAGUUAGUCCACUGGAGAACGCCAUAUAUGUGGUGGAGAACAAGAACCAGGAGCUGCGCACCCUGAUCAGUCAGUACCAGCACAAGCAGCUCCACGGAAACAUCAACCUGCUCAGCAUGUGCCUCAAUGGGGUGAUCGACGCCGCCGUCAACGGAGGAAUCGCUAGAUACCAGGAAGCGUUCUUCGAUAAAGAGUACAUUAGCAGUCACCCGGAGGAUACGGAGAAGAUCACCCAACUCAAGGAUCUGAUGCAGGAACAGGUUCAUGUCCUUGGCGUGGGUCUGGCCGUCCACGAGAAACUGGUGCAUCCGGAAAUGCGUCCACUGCACAAGAAGCUGAUCGAUCAGUUCCAGAUGAUGAGGAGCAGCCUCUGUCAUGGCCUGCCCGGUCUGGAAAAGCUGAGUCCGGCCUGCUCAGGGUCCAGCACCCCACGCGGUAUCCUCGCCACCCACAGUCCCAUGAGUCCUGAAAGUAUCAAGCUCAUGCACCGGCACAGCCCUCUGAAUGUGUUGGGCUCUGUCCGCCACUCCUCCUCUUCUCUCUCCUCUCACACCUCCAGUGAGACGGGAAACCUGCUCAUCCUGACGGACAGUAUGAUGGAGCACCCAGAGGACCUCUACCGCAUGCAGCCCAGUCCAUCAUCGUCCAGUUUGAGCUCGACACAUUCAGCUCCGUCUCAGAUGAUCAACUCAGGGCAUGGCAACAUCAGAGUUGGGUCCCCAUCACUACCUGACAGAUACAGACACAACCGAGAGAUGUUAAUGCUCCUACCGCCGCACAGGGACCGUCCCAGCAGUGCCAUGUACCCCAACAUGACCGAGAACGGACAGCCUACUAACCAUCCGAGGGCUCUUUACCAUCAGGUUAUUGGUCCCUGCAAACCCUGCAGUGACCCCAAUCUCUUUGUGGCUGAUAAAGUGUUGACAGCUCCCAGCAGCUGGAGUUUGGACAGUGGCACCAGGGACACUCUGCCGUUCCUCUCUGCUCAUGUCGGGAGUGUGAUGGCCCCACCAGUUCCCCCCCGCACCCUCCCUCCCGGACACUUCUUGAUGCACUUUGAUGCUUUCCACCACCAGAUCAACGAACUCCCUCCAGCUCUCCCCACGCGCUCUUUAAGAAAGUCACCCCUGCACCCUAUACCUGCCUCACCCACCAGUCCACAAUCGGGCCUGGAUGGCAGUAACUCCACCUUGUCUGGCAGCGCCAGCAGUGGCGUCUCCUCCUUGAGCGAGAGCAACUUCGCUCAGUCCUCCUCUGAGCCUCCAGCUCGAGCUGACACAUUGGACUCGAUGCCGAGCAGCCAGGCCUGGACCACGGACACGGAGGAAGCCGAGAGUUCCUACCUCCCUGUACGCUACAGCAUCUCCGAGCCUGAAGUUCUGGACCCUCUCAAGCCCACUCCUUGCCGUAGUCACUCAGCCCCACUGGGCGUAGCCCCAGGGAUGCCCACUGACGGACACCAUCAUCACCUCCAUCUCCACCAUCACCACCCACAUGCAAUACACAUCACCCACCCACACUACCACCACCAUGAGCCUGCACCUGCUCUGCCUCCCAAACCUUACCUGAGGGAAGGGUGUAUCCCUGAAGAGGACCUGAGGCCGGUUCCAAGGCCAAUGCCCCGCAAGAUCUCCCAGCCUCUGCUAACAAACAAGGAGGAGCAGGCCAAGGUGGCCUGGGAACACAGCAUCAGUGAAGAAUAGAUGAAGAACAAGGUUCAGCUUGGACUGUUGGCUUUGGUGUGAUAGGUGGUUGGGUUUUGGGAAAGUUCCAUGAAAUGACUGGGUUUGAACCUCUACUCUACAUCUCAUGUAUCCAGUGUAGGUCUUUGAAACCUUUCAAGAAGUGCUUGAUAUGUUGCUGAGC